GGUAAGAAAAUGAACUUUAUCUUCCUUUAACACUGUACUGUUGAAUAUAUACACACAUCUUUUCUUUCGGUACCGCCCCACGCCCCCACCAUGUUGCUAUCACUUACCAAUUCAAUGCCUCAAGUGAAACGCAUGUACACAUUUCAUAGCUGUCUGUCUCUCUGUUUCAUAUUGCCUAAAUAAUAUUACUCUGCUUUUAUUUCAUCACUAUUUCAUCAACUCAGCCUGGUAAUAUACACUUUUUUCUCUGUAUCUACAUUUUUUUAUUGCCUGAUUUGGUCUAGAUUGGGUUUUUUUUGGUUUUCUUGAGAUUUUGUUUGAUUGAGCAAGUGGGGUUUCUUUAUAUUUGAUUUUCUUGGUUAUUUACUGUAUAGAUUGUGCAGAAGGAAGUUGUGAUUAGGUGUGGGAGGUAUGGAUGGUGUUCAGGUUAAAAAAGGUGUGAUCUUUAGUGUUAGAACAUGUUAUAGAUCAGUGUGUAAGCAUCCAUUCUUUGUGGGUAUGGUGAUUGUUUUGUUUUUUAUGCACAGAUCUUUUCCUUUGUUGUUUUCCUUUUUGGUUUCUGCGUCCCCUGUUCUUGUUUCCACUGCUGUUUUGCUUGGGACUUUGUUGAGUUUUGGGCAGCCUAAUAUACCUGAAAUUGAAAAAGAAGAGGUUAAUCAUGAGAUUGCGUCGCUUCGGACUGGGGGUGGGUGGGAUCAUAGUGUGGUGGAGAGGGAUGGGAGCUAUAGGGUUGAAAGAUACAGUGAGAGUAGAAGUGAUAUGGAUAAAUUGGUUGAAGAAGUGAGAUCAACUGGUAAUGAUUUCAGUGAUGUUGGUAAUCACGAUGGUUUAGCUGAAAGUGCACCGCUGAUAGAGGAGAGUUCUCGUGAGUUUCAGUUUGAGAAGUGGGAAAAUCAUGGAGAGAGUGACUCGCAUGAUGUGGUAUUUGGGCAUAAGAAUGAAAGGAGGGAGGGGGAUGGUGAAGUACUGACAAAUUUGUACACUCCGGUUCAACAGACUGUUGAUGAAUUUGAAAAUGCAAACUUAUUCGAGGCUUAUGUUGGUGCCGAGACCUUGGAUCGAACAUCUCCACUAGGUUCACCGAGGAAACAUGAGGAUGAGGAACAUGAAGAGGAUGAUGAUGAUUAUGAUGAUGAUGAUGAAUCAGAUUCUGAGUCAGAUGGGGCUGAAAGUUCCUCUCCGGAUGCUUCAAUGGCAGAUAUUAUACCAUUGCUUGAUGAGCUUCACCCUCUUUUAGAUGAAAAUGCUCCUCAACUUACUCGUAUGUCCCUUGAGGGAUCUGAUGGUACAUCAGAAAGUUCUUCAGAGUCAUCAUCUAGUGAGGAUAAUGAAUUGGAUGGCAAUAUUGAGAACCAUGAAGAUGACUUAGAAAAUGUAGAUGAUGAGGAAGAACAAGAGGGACAUGCAGAUAAUAUUGAUGAGGAUAAAUCUGCUAUCAGAUGGACAGAAGUUGACCAAAAAAAUCUUAUGGAUUUGGGUACUUCUGAGCUGGAAAGAAACAAGCGUUUGGAGAGUCUCAUUGCAAGACGAAGAUUACGGAAAAGCAUGAAGAUGAUGACAGAGAGAAACUUGAUAGACUUUGAUAGUGCCGAUCUUCCUUUCAGUAUUGCACACAUAUCAACUGCAAGGCGCAACCCCUUUGAUCUUCCAUAUGAUGAUGACAUGGGAUUGCCCCCUAUUCCUGGUUCUGCACCAUCAAUUAUGUCACAGAGAAGGAACCCUUUCGAUCUUCCUUAUGAUUCGAGCGAAGAGAAACCUGAUCUGAUGGGAGACGAUUUUCAACAAGAUGUGAUGACACUUCAGUCAAAGGAGCCCAUCUUCCGUAGGAAUGAAACUUUCAAUGUUGGUCCUUCCUUAUUUGGAACUUCGAGACAUGAAAGCAAAUUUAAACCUUACUUUAUUCCAGAGCGGAUGACUUCAGAAGGAACAAGCUAUGGUUCAUUUCAUAGACAAUCAAGUGACCUUAGUGAGUCUAAGGCAAGUUCUGUGCCUGAAACAGAGUCAAUUACUUCUGAUGAAGAUUUGGAAGAUAAGAAGACCAUUGAAGAAGAUUUGGAACAUGAGAAGCCAAUUGAGAGAGAUUUAGAACAUGAAAAGCCCAUUGAAGAAGAUUUAGUGAAUGAAACGGAGUUGAAUUCUAUUGCAGAACCGGAACUUGGUUCCAUCCCUGAGCACCCUUCUGAACAUGUUGGACAUGGAAGUGAUUCGUCUGAAGAUGAAGACUCAAAUGAUAUAGAUCAAGAGGAGAGAGUUGACGUAAACGAUGAAUACAAAGUCCACUUGUUAGAUGCGGAAGAUUAUCGGGAGGUGUCAAGCUUUUUUGCUACAACUACUGCAGCUACUUCUGUAGAACCCAACACAAAUGAAGUUCAUCUGAAUACAGAAGCAGUAGAAUCUACUCAGAGUUUGUCAUCAGUUUCGGAAGUAAAUGAAGAGAUAUAUGCAGGGAAUGAAGAUGAACUAUUGUCAAUUUCAGAACCAUUGGGAGGCAACUCCAAUGAGAAUUUUACCAUUUUACAUCAAUCGUCAAUGGAAAAAUCAGAUACUGAAAUCACCAGAAAAUUGGUGGAUGAUGCUCAAAAGAAGGAGCCGGUUUAUGAUUCAACCCCUAGAGCGUUAGAUGAGAAAGUCUCUUCUUCCUCUGUAGAAUCUAAUUUGCUCACGGAAAAGGCUGUGACCAGUUCACCACCAAGUUUUGUUCCGAGAAUGAUCUCAUUUACCCAGAAAGAAUAUGAAGUCAAUAAUCAAGACGUUGUCGAAACUCCUGUUGAUGAAGUAGAUGAGAAGUUGGUUCUUGCACAGCAUCAACCUCCUUCAGAAGAGCACAUGUCACAGUUUGAGAGAGGUUUGCCUUUGACGGAUCAAUCUGAAAAUGAACAAUUCCCAAGGAAUACUAAAGGACUACAAGAGUCGACCAACUUGAUAGAUUUGGACUUCCAAGAACUUGAUAAAAUUCAUCAGGAUAUCGACCCUCCUAAAACUUUUGAAUCUUCAUCCAUCCUACCUGAGGCUAUAGAACUUGAAGCACCUGGAGCAGAUUUAGAUGAGGACAUCCUUGAUAGAGUUGGAUGUGAUGAGACAAUUCAUGUCUUAGAGCACGACACAUUUCGGAUUGAAGCAGAUUCUACUACUGGUAAUAUGGAAGACAACGUUGAGGAUCUAGAUUAUAUUGAGGAGAUAGACGAAGAAUUGCUACAUGAAUUGGACACUGUUGGUGACUUUGGUAUUGAAGAUUAUAAAUCAGAUUUUCAUGAAUCUCGUGGAGAGAGCUUCCUCAUGAUGCACAAUAUUAUGAACUCUUCUGAAGAACAAAAAAACAGAAAUGAUUGUACUGGAGUUGCUCUAGGUGAUGAGCAGAAAUUCAGAGCAUCUGGGGUCGAGGAGCCGGCAACUAUUUCUGAGGAAAUGGAAGAGGCUUCAGCAUUUCAGAUUUCUGAAACAAGUUUUGGCGAGCGUCUUGAUUCAUAUAACAGAGAGAUCUUUAAGGUGGAAGCUGCGGAUCUAUUGGAUUCUGAAACAAUUAUCGAUAGACCACUGCCAGAAGAAGUUGCCACAGAGCAAAAUCAAAAUGCAAGAGAGAUUAAUUCUGGUGUUCCGGCUGUUGAGGUGCAAUCUAUCCAUGAUAAUGAAUUCAGCUAUAAAGAAGCUGAACCUAUGCUAGAGGAAGUGUAUGUUGGGUUUGGGGAGCGUGAGAUACUUCACCAAGAUUCAUUGCAUGUCAAGACUGAAGUUGGGAUGCCAGUUCUUGAAGCACAUUCUGUUGAUGAUGUACCAGCUGCCUUGGGACAGGUUGAUACAAAUGUAAGUGAGAAACAAUAUGCAGUGGAUCUGUUGGAUUCUGAAAAAACUAAUGGUAAACCACUGCCAGAGGAAACUGCCACAGAACUUGCCGAUGCAAAUAUAAUGCAAAACCCAAAUGCAGGGGAGACAAAUUCUGGCAUUUGGGGUGUUGGGAUGCAAGAAAUCCAUGAUAAUGAAUGUAGUUAUGAAGCAGCUGAACCUGUGUCAGAGAAAAUGUAUGUUGGACUCGGGGAAUCUGAAGUCGGGAUGCCGGUUCUUGAAGCACGUUCUAUUGAUGAUAUACAAUCUGUCUUGGGUCAGCUUGAUGCAAAUGUAUGUGAGGAACAUGCUGUGGAUCUAUCAAAUUUAGAGAAAACCAAAGAUAAACCACUUCCAGCAGAAACUGCCUCAGAACUUGCCAAUUCAAAUAUAUUGCAAAACCCAAAUGAGGGAGAGAUAGAUACUGGCAUUCAGAGUUUUGAGGUGCAAGAGAUCCAUGAUAGUGAAUACAGUUAUAAAACAGCUGAAGCUAUGUCAGAAAAAUUGUAUGUUGGUUCUGGGGAAUCUGACAUGCUUCCCCAAGAUCCAUUGCAUGUUAAGUCUGAAGUUGGGAUGCCGGUUUAUGAAACACUUUCUCUUGAUGGUAUUCGAUCAGCCUCAGCUCAGGUUGAUGCAAAAGGAAGUGAGGAACAAUAUGCUUUGGAUCUGGUGCAUACAGAACUGUCUCCAUGUAAAAGUUUGGAUGGGUAUUCUCAACAUGAGAUGAUAAAUGAAGGUUCAGUUCUGCCUGAGAGCAAAUUCAACCCAACAUUGCCUGAAUCCAAUUUAAUCAAUGAUGUAAAAUCAUCUCUCGAACUACAGCAAGAUUCACUGAAUGCAGAGACUGAACUUGUGAUGCCAGUUCUUGAACCACGUUCUUUCAAUAAUAUCGAAUCAGACAUAGAUCAGGUUAUUGGAACUGAUAAUGAGAAACAAUAUGCUCUUAGUUUGCUCAAUGCUAAGCUGUCUCUGGAGGAAACUGUGGGUGAAUAUUCUCGACUUGAGAUGCUGCAUGAAGGUUUGGUUCCUCAUGAGAGCGAAUCUGAUAUAACAGUUACUAAAUCCAAACUAGUUCAAGACAGUCAAUCAGCUGUAGCACAGCAGCUUGGAGAAUCCGUUGACAGACUGAUUCCUCGUGGCUCAGAUGGUGAUGAUCUAGACUCUGCUGAAUCCCACGAUCCAGUUGAAACUGUAUUCGGUGUGCAUGUUGAUGAAGCAAGAUCUAAUGAUGACUUUGAUGCAGCAACAGUGCAUGUAUCUCCAGCUAAUGCAGAGAAGCUGCCAAUUGCAGAUUCUGAAAUAGAGACAGCGGACCUAAUGGUAGAUGAAUUGCAUUCCAGUAAUUCUCUUGAAUCCAGGAGGGAAGUAUCUGGUGUGGUAGAAACUAGCUCAGAGACUGCAGAGAAGCUAUUCCAAGAAGCUGAAACGACAAAAGAUUUGAAGGAAUCCACUGUCGAGCAUAAAAAGACUAAGUCUCAUAAAUCAAGCUCUAGUUCCAGCUCCAGUUCAGGUUCCAGUUCAAGCAGUUCUGAUGAAGAAUAACAUAUGAGGAGAAAAAGAAGAUGAUUUUGUGUUUGGUAUUCCGAUUUUGAUUUUUCCCCCUAGGGAGAUUGAGUUUUAGCGGCUUUGUAUUAGUUAGUAUAUAAUUUGGUUUGGGUGUUGGAUUUUGUUUCGCUUGCUUUGAGUGUCCAUAUUGAUCCCUUCAAGAACGAGUUUUUUGUGAUUUCUUGAAGUUCAAAGUUACCUUUUUGCUGUUAUAGUUGUGGGAGAGUUGGUAAACAACCUACUUCCCUGGAAACUGCCUCUGUUUCUCUUAUGAGUAAGGCUGAAUUCCGCAUACACCUUACUUUUAUGUAUCCUAGUUUGAGAUAAAUGAAUAUAUAUGUUUGGUUUGCAUU